UCUAGCGACUGAUUGUUGAUGACACAGUUGUUCCUGGAAUGUUGAUUAUCGUUUACUAUAAUCGUGCGCGGUUUACCGCGUCCAGUCGCUUUUGAAUGAAUCGCACAGUCGGUUCGGUGCGGAACCGAUGUUUUCAUUCAGCUCGUACGUUUACGAAAAGACGCGAUCGAAUCGUCAGUCAACGCGUUUCAUCGGAGAAUCUCAGCGCAACGUGUUAUCUAUUGUGCAUCGUUUUGUGUUAUUAAAUGGACCAUCCACGAAGAUAAGAAUUAUUUCGCGGUUGUACGCCGGGUUUACGAAAGUUCAUCACCGGUAAUGAGUUAUUACUCGGCCUGAUAAUUCAUUCAACAUUUAUGUGCAGAUAAUCCGGGCUGAAACUGGUAUAUAAGAGCCGAAAGUUUCACUUUGACCCAGAAACUUUGACGAGCUUUUAAACUGGCUACUCGCUAUUUAGCAAAUUUAAUUUCGAUUAUCGGUACAUGAAAUUUGAGGGAUUAAUACUCGAACGACGGUGGACAGAUCGCCAUGCCAUGAUGAAUGCCACGGGCAGCAACAGCGGCGUCAACGGCAACGACAGCAACAAGAGCGUCGGUCGUCUUCAGAGCGUGAUCAGCAAGCAGAGCAGCUGCGUGCGCAAGAUGAGCACGAUGCCGGAGGAGGAGGACACAUCGGACGACAUGGAUCCUGACGUGAUAAGGAUAGGACCCCAGCACUAUCAGCAGCAGCAUCACCAUGAGGCUGACUCGGACUCCCUGUCCGAGGACAGGGGUCGUCUGUUGAGCACCGUCGAUCCACCUCGAAGGAUCACCAUCACCCCGAGCAACUCUGGCCACCUGCAUUGCAACGGUCUGAAGAAAGACAACGGCAUCAAAGAGAAGUCCAGGCUUCACCAACAACUGAAAUCGUUGGACCAGGGUCAGUUUGACGCCAGGUUGCACCGUGACAUUUCUCAAGGUGUACUUAGAUCUGGACGGCAUCAUCGUUGCUCGAGUGUCCGAUCGGUCAAAUCAAACCCGACGAUGGACGAGCACCAACAUCACUAUCAUCAUCCGGCGACCAGCUGGGCGUCCAUUGUGUUUGCCGAUGGGAACGGGCAACAUCAUGUGAGGCCGUUUCCAGAAUCCGUUUCCAUACGCUCUCUAGCAUCGAUCGGCAUGGGUUCCUCCGACGGCCGGAAGCUCACGAUACGUAGAGUUCCCACAUCACCGUCGGAGCUGCUUAACAUGGUACAUCCGCCGCCGUCAUUCGAAGAUGAUUUGUCCGUGUGCAGCAGCUUCGACGAUGCGGACGCCGAAGACCCAGGGGACUACAGGCAACCGAGGCGACCACAUUGGGCCAACAAAGUGCAAUUUGUCCUUGCUUGUAUCGGUUACUCUGUUGGCCUGGGCAAUGUUUGGAGGUUCCCUUAUCUGUGUUACAAAAGUGGCGGUGGUGUGUUCUUGAUUCCCUACUUCUUGAUACUUAUAGUAUGUGGAGUACCAUUAUUGUACAUGGAACUUAGUAUUGGACAAUUCACACGACGAGGACCGAUCGGUGCUAUCGGUCAAAUUUGUCCUCUAUUUAAAGGAGCAGGUCUAUCUUCAGUAGUAAUAUCGUUUCUGAUGUCGACCUACCAUAAUGUGAUAAUAGCCUACGCCAUAUAUUAUUUCUUCGCGGCGUUCCGAGCGAAACAACCAUGGUCGGACUGCGAUAAUUCAUGGAACACAUUGGCAUGUUGGUUACCGGCUUACAGCAUCUUAGAUAACCGUACAAGACCCAACGCUUCCAGAACACCGUCCGAAGAGUUUUUCGACAACAAGGUACUCCAGAUCAGCAACGGUAUCGAGGAAUCUGGAGCACUUAGGUGGGAACUAGUUGCUUGUUUAAUUACUGCCUGGAUUAUGGUGUAUUUCUCUGUUUGGAAAUCCAUUAAAUCAUCAGCACAAGUGAGGUACCUUACAGCAACUCUGCCGUUCGUUUUGAUCGUCGUCUUUCUCACACGGUCCCUCACCCUUGAAGGUGCUGACAAGGGCCUGCAAUUUUUCUUCCACCCUCGCUGGGAACUUCUCUCCGACGCAAAGGUGUGGAUCAACGCUGCAGCACAGAUUUUCAACUCCGUCGGCAUAGCGUUCGGUUCGAUGAUAUGUUUCGCUAGCUAUAAUAAAUUUCACAACACAAUUUUAGUUGAUAGCGUAGCUGUCUCGCUUAUUAACGCGUUUAGUAGUUUGCUAGUUGGAAUAUUUUCAUUCGCGACCAUCGGCAACAUCGCUGUCGAACAAAAUAUGUCUGUUGAAGCUGUCCUAACAGAUGGACCUGGUCUUGUAUUCGUCGUUUACCCGCAAGCGCUAGCCAAGAUGCCAGCAUCUCAAGUGUGGGCCGUGUUAUUUUUCUUUAUGCUAGUCUGCCUUUCUUUGAAUAGUCAGUUUGCAAUAAUGGAGGUGGUCGUAACAUCGAUACAAGAUGGCUUUCCAAAGUGGGUAAAGCGUCAUCUCGUGUGCCACGAGACGUUAGUACUUUUAAUAUGUGUCAUAUCCUUUUUAUUUGGACUACCUAACAUUACUCAGGGUGGCAUCUACUUCUUUCAAUUAAUAGACCACUACGCAGCCUCGAUAUCGAUCAUGUUCCUCGCUUUCUUCGAGGUGAUCGCAAUAUCAUGGUGUUACGGUGUUCGACGAUUGAGUAAUAACGUAAAAGAGAUGACUGGACGUGUGCCCUCCUCUUAUUUUCGAUUUUGUUGGCGUAUCGCUGCACCUCUUCUUAUCAUGGCUGUGUGGGUAUUCAGCUUAAUUGAUUAUGAACCACCGACCUACCACAAUGGAGAGUACAAGUACCCAUGGUGGGCUGAGGCUAUUGGUUGGGGAAUAGCUUCUCUUUCACUCAUUUGCAUUCCAGCUUUCGCUAUUUACGAGUUCGCCAAAGCCAAUGGCAACACAUGCAUUGAGAAAUUACGAAAUUCCGUCAAGCCGCAUUUCGAAGCCUGCAAAAUCUGCGGUCAGGAAUACUGCACAGAUCCUAUGCACAAUUUCGAUGAAGAUUUGAUCAAAGAACAACCGGACGCGAACAUCCCGAUACAACUGAAUACCAAUAGUCUGUUACCCAAAUCGCAGACAUGAAAAUACUUCGAAUUCACAAAUAUCUUCCAAUGUACAAAGUGUUCUUGCUGAGAUAUUUAUGGCACUUUUUAGAAAGAUAGAGGUCACCGCAAAAUUCGAUAUUCUUCUUUUUUUUUAUUAUGAGGCAUGCCAGAUUCCAAGGCCACAUAUUGUUACAUGACGUGUAGAGUAUAAAUGAUGUAUAGGAUUUAAAAAAUUGCUAUGAAACUCAAAUUAGUUGUAAAUCAUCAUGCGAACUCAUUAUACCAGCUUGAGGACAUUCCAUUGACAUUCCAUUAACAUUCCAUUCCAUCACAACGAUUUAUUCGCGAGCAUCGAAGCAGAAUAUUACUCUGUUGUUUUUCAUUCUUGCGAGAAAUAAUAUAGGACGUUUCAAAAAUGACGGUACCAAAAGCGUAUUAAAUUAUUCCUAAAUUACGUUAAACAAAAUUUAAUUUCGAAACGAACUCGUCGAAUGUAUCUGGUUUUUAUCCAGGUUUUUAUCUUAAUUUAUAGCGCUUGUCGAUUAAUUAAAAAAUUUGUAAUUUAUUGUUUUAUCUUCCGUUUAUUUGGGUGUAAAAUGUGUAGCUUUCUGGUUGUACCGUCCUUUUUGCAAUAGCUUGUAGGAACUUACAUUGAUCGUUUAAUGCACUGCAAUUAAUAAAUAAUCGAUGUAUCAUAAACGUAGGUAAAAAAGUAUGAAAUAUCAACGAGUACAAAUACGUGUAAAUUUAAUCGAGUAGCAUCGACGAGACCGUAUCUAAUACAAUAAAAAAUGUGUGUUUGGAUAAGCUUAUUAACAACAUGACUGUACACGUGAUAAAAGAAUGCAAUAAUCGUUGAAAUGUGAUACCGUCGUAUAUCGAUUUUUAAGAAGUAAGAUAUUACUUGUCGUACAAAGUCAAAAUUGUCAGUAACAGAAAACACACGAUGAACACGGUAGUUUGUAAUUACUCAGAACUGUAAUAAAUUAUUACGUUCUUA